AUGCUCCUUCUUCCCCCUGCUUUGGCUCUUCUCGUGGGCGUCUCUUUCGCCUCGGCCUCUCAGAUCACUCUUUCUCACACUGACAGGUCCAACCCGGACUCCUUCCAUGCCGAAAGGCGCUCUCUUCUAAACAAGUACGCCGGCUUCGCAAAGCGUCACUUCAACUCCACCGGCCAACACUUGGACAUCGUCGACUUGCAUUACGCCGACAAACAAAAACGUGCCUCCGGCAAGACCUCUCUUCGUUACAACACCUACUGGACCGGCUCCAUCCUUGUCGGCUCUCCCCCACAACCUGCUCCCGUCGUCUUCGAUACCGGCUCUUCCGACCUCAUCCUCGACAAGUCCUUCUACAACCCUAAAAAGUCUCUCUCCGCCAACAACCUCAACACUCCCUUUGAUUUCUCCUACAUCAAUCUCCAUGUCUACGGCGACAUCUACUCCGACCACGUCGCCAUAGGCGACGUCAAGGCCGACAACGUCCCCAUCGGCCAUGGCAGAGAAGACUUUGACGGUGAUCUGACUGGCGGCAAGUUUGGCCUCUCCUUCUCCACUGCCGAAAACAGUGGCUUCAACGUCAAGCAGGACCCCUUCAUCUGGGCCGCCAAGAAACAGAACCCCAUCCAAUCCAGCUCUUUCCAGUUCACUCUUCGCCGCAGUGGCAAGGCCACCCUCAAUGUCGGCGACGUGGACCACUCCGAGCUCGCUGGUCCCAUCUCCUGGGCUGACAAGAACACCGACAAGUCCUUCUGGCGAACCUCUGUCGAGCUCAACGGAAACAAGAUCGAAAACGCCAUCAUCGACUCCGGCACCAAUGUCAUCACCGGCCCCAACGACCAGGUCAAGGCUGUCCUCGACCAGCUCGAUGGCGUCUGGGUCGAGCAGUCUCCCGACGGCACCUACCAAGGCCGCUACAGCUGCCAGAACCCGCCCAACUUGCACUUCACCGUCGCCGGCCAGACCUUCAAGCUCUCCAGCGAUGCUAUCAACUUUGGCUACGCUGGUGACGAGUGUUUCUUGGCUAUGGGUGGCACCCUCGGCUUGAAUGACUGGAUCCUCGGCUCUCCCUUCAUGGAGCUCGGCUCCGUCAUCUUUAACUAUGACACGCGCCGCAUGGGCUUUGCCAAAGCCCGCUAA